CGAAAAGGCAGCGACCGACGGUGGGAUCUGGCUUGCAGGAAGCGGAAAGCGCAAAGGUUCUCGAUCCUCAGACAGAGCUGAGGAGGCAGCAGCAUGGCUCAGGUUAAUGAGCUCCGCUUGUUUGUGCAUUCAGAAGGGCGUUCUAUUCCGACAAAAGUCCCUGUGGAUGCCACCUGGCCAGCCGUAUGCCAAGCCAUAGCCGGCGUUCUCGGAUCGGGGCUGGUGCCGACCACUCUGACUUAUUUUGACGAUGACAACGACCUGAUCGUUGUCUCCAGUCCAGCUGAGUGGGCCGCCGCCGUGGCUCAGGCCCGUGCCUUGGAUUUGCAACGGCCUCAGCUCGAUGUCAGUCCUCGAUGUGUCCCACCACUGACUGCCGCAGGCUGCUGUCCGUCAUCAGCACCAAAGGAUUGCUGCCCGUCAUCAGCACCAAAGAGCUGCUGUCCACCGCCAUCAUCAACGCCGUCAUGGAACAAACGAGACAUGCUGGCACACUCCCGCGACCCUCGCUCGCGCAUCUGCAUGUCAGAGACUGCGGCUCGUCCCUUCGAGCCUUCGCCUGUCCCCUAGGGCCCUGUGGCGGAGGCACCAUCGCGCUGGCGGGUGAUGCUUGCCUGUUCCCCAGCUUUUUUGCGGCCCGUGUUGUGGAUGCCGACCACAACUCUACUGCUGCCGUUCUUCAGUCGUCUGAGAACUACGAUCAAUCAAGCUUCACACCAGCCCCAAUUGUGACCGAUCACGUCGUUCCUCCCGCCUCCAUUCAGGUCAGGUUGGCUUUGGCAGAUGACGCUCUCUUUCUCUCUCUCUCUCUCUCUCUCUCUCUCUCUCUCUCUCUCUCUCUCUCUCUCUCUCUCUCUCUCUCUCUCUCUCUCUCUCUCUCUCUCUCUCUCUCUCUCUCUCUCUCUCCUUCUCUCCCUCUUCCCUCUCUGUUCCUAUUUCCCUAUUGCCUUGACAGCCCAGACUUUUUUGUGCUGCAGAUUAGCAUGGAGGGCUUUUCGCCCUGCAUUCCCUUGGACAGUCAAAACUCGGGUGCGCCGCUCAUCUACUUCACCUUUACUCUCCGCAACACCAGCAAUGAAGCUGCCCAAGCCCAAGUGCUCAUGAGCCAGCAAAACUUUAUUGGUUGGGACGGGGCCUCGAGCAUUUCAAACGAAAUUUUCAACGCCGGCUAUGGUAGCAAUUCCAAUGCCUUUUUGGCCUCCCCCAAUGAACAAGCACUCAUCAUGACCAACAAUGCGCUCCAGACGUCGGACGCACGCAAUGGAAGCAUCGCCAUCGCCACCUUUGAGUCCGAUGCCAGCUCCGUCACGGUGUCUCAACAGUAUGCCCAACACCAAGAUUUGUGGACCGCAUUUGCCGCCGGCCAGCCGCUUCCCAACGCCAGUGGGCCAUCCACGGCCGGUCGCACUUGGAAUGGUGCCCUUGCAGUUACGUGCACGCACCCGAUGGCCACAUGCUCUGGGUCCAACUCGCUAUUGUUCGCCGAGUCAAAAAGGCUAGACUCAUCAAGCUUCAUUGCGGCCACGGGCUUUGGUAUCAAGGACGUGACAACACAAUACUUUUUGGGCAAUCAGUACGCCAACGUAUUCUCCAGCAUUCAACAAGUAGUGGACUAUGCUCGUGAUAACUACACGUGGACGCGAGAGCAAACGCUGAAAUUUCGGGAUGCCAUGUACAACAGCAAUCUGCCAUGGCAGCAUCUGCUCACUUGUCCGUACCCUGCUUCAAGGUAUCUUGCCUUCGCGCAGCACGGUUCCCAUUUGGCUGCGGCGACAAUGGAGCUUUUGGCCCGACUAUACAGACCAGGUGAUGGCGUUGUUCGCGGUGCCCAGCCAUCCACUUAUGACGUGGCGUUGUAUGGUGCCAACACCUUCAUCGGCAGCCUCUAUUUGUGUGCCCUCUGCUGCGCCGCCGAAAUGGCGACUCGACUGGGACAAUCCGAACUGGCGGCCACGUAUACUGCACGCUACAAGCUGAGCGUGGCCAACUAUGAUAAAGCGUGCUUCACAAACGGCAAGUGGUACACUCAGGUGGUGGACCCGGACCACGCUACCAACGUGGUAUCUGACGGCACCUUUGUCGACGCACUUCUGGGUCAAUGGUGGGCCCAUCUUCUCGGCAUUGGCGACAUGCUGCCUCAGGCUCACGUGGCCUCGAACGUGAGCAGCGUGUUUGAAGCCAAUCACGUUGAUGAGUUUGAUGUUGAUCGUCAAGCUCCACGCAAGUUUUGUGACAACCGUGAUGCGGGGAUGUACAUCUGCACUUGGGGUGGAGCGGCUCAGCCACCUCCCAGCAAUGCACUGCUCUACACCAGUGAAGCCAUGUGGUCCGGGUUGGCCUAUCCCUUUGCUGGCCUCGCGUUGCAGACCGGCCAAGUGGAUGUGGCCCUACAGGUGCUAUCGGACGUGCGCGGGCAAUACGACGGCACCCGCCGAUCGCCAUUCAACGAGAUUGAGUGCGGAGAUCACUACACGCGUCAGCAGUCAGGUUUUAGCCUGUUUGAAAUUGCAUCGGGUCAGGCAUCCGCCUCGACCGUCACCAUUGAAGCAGCCGGUGCCGCCGUGGCCAACUUUACCACCAGCCAUGCCAAUGGCACACUUACCUUGACAUUUGCUUCGCCGGUGGUGGUGGUGGCGGCCAGCGCCGCCGACCCCACCCUUCGGCUCACCCUCACCACCCCAUAA